AUGUCUGCGGAGGUUAGCGUUCCUCUUCCCCUUCUCGAUUCGUACGUGGCAGAGCUGUUCCUCACUGAAGAGCAGAGGGCAGAGAAAUCAAAGAAGAGACGAGCGUCGGAGCCGGUGAAACCUUCCAAGUCCAUCGGCAAAGCUUCGACCGCCGAAGUCUCUCAUUCUGCAUCAAAACAUUUAAAGCAGACGGUCUGCAUCUCCAACCAGCUUGNAGCUGAUGAAGACAUUGACUGCCACAACUCCGCAUUACGUGAGGUGCAUCAAACCCAAUCGCAACAAGAAACCAUUCUCUUUUGACCCGAAAAAUGUCACACAGCAACUCCGAGCGUGCGGAGUGUACGAGACGAUACGCAUCUCAACACUCGGGUUUCCCUCAAGAUGGACCUAUGAAGAGUUUUUCUUGCGGUUUCGAGUUCUCAUCAAUUCAAAAGAUAUUGGAUUCCUCGGCUUGGCGGAAGACCCGUCAGUUUAUAAAACAUCCUGCAUCAAAAUCAUGCAGAGGAUCAUGCAGGAUGAAGAGAAAUACAGGUUUGGGAAGACAAAACUGUUUCUCAGAACCAAUGCCUUGGCAUACAUGGAAACAUGUCUAUCAGGUCGCAUUCUCGCCUGCCACAUUCUCAUUCAGAAAAUUUCCCGGGGUUAUUUGACUCGACGGAAGUACAAGCAGA